AAAGCUGAACAGUCAUUUUCCAGCCUAUGAGUCGCGUGGACUGAGGACCCAGCCCGAGUGACACUGAUGGUCUGGCACACUAGAGCCUGACUAGCUAAGCCUCAGUCCUUCGCUGAUUUAGUGCUAGCCUUGGCUGACCAGAGAGAAAACCAAAACAAAAGCAAAUCCUUGUGCGGCCAAGCAAGGUCAAACCCAUGACGCAGUCGGGUUUUUAUCUGCGAUAGGGCAACGUGUGGUAUCAAUCAUCAUCGCUGCUUUUCCAUCUCAUCAAGGAAAACACCAUGCCAGGUGCCGGAGAACAAUGGGCCGUAACAAGAGAGAUGCCCCGACACCGACCGAGGCUGUUGCUCCCAUCAUUACGAUAAGUACAGCCGAUUUAUCUCCAUGGGAGCCGGAGUCCCCUGUUGCUAAUGAGCCUUUACCGGAUGACGGCUUACAUGCAGACACUCUGCGGCCAGCUACUUCUCCGCAUAGCCUAGUUCUGCCCUCCAGUGGCAGUAAUGGUAGUAGCUCGGCUGGUAGGCCGAGGGUGACUUCGGUGACUUCACUAUCUGAUGGAGAAACUAUGGUAGCAACCAGCUCAUCUUGUGGCUCCUACCGCACUCGCAGCGUUUCUGAGGUGACUGCUGUCUCUGUGGCCUCAAAUUACCAGCAACAGCAAAUUCCUACUGUCUACAAUUUCCCUCAUGGCGAUAGCGACUCGUUUGGUAUCUCACCCGACGCUCUCGAUACAAUAUUCGAUCGAAAAUGUCUUGAAGAUAUCUGGUCUGUAGGCGGUCUAUCUGGUCUAGCAUUUGCCUUGCACAGUCACUGUGCUCUCGGAAUCAAGUCGGACGAACGCACGAUGUCCACCCAGACACUUGACGCAUCAGGUCGACGCUCACACGCGGACAGAGUCAAGAUAUUCGGUAGCAAUCGAUUGCCAGAAAAGAAAACGAAAGUGUUUUGGCGGUUCAUGUGGGAGGCACUGCAAGAUAGGGUCCUGAUAUUACUGACUGUUGUCGCCACUAUUUCCUUGGUUUUGGGAUUGUAUCAGACGUUUUGCCAACCGCACAAGCCUGGCCAACCGAAGGUAGAAUGGGUGGAAGGGACUACUAUUAUGGCUGCAGUUAUCGUUGUGGUCGUUGUGAGUUCCUUGAACGACUAUAAGAAGGAGACACAAUUUGCAAAGCUCAGCCGGAAGAAAGAAGAUCGCACUGUCACGGCGAUAAGAUCGGGCAUGGCUUGUGAACUAUCGGCGUUUGAUGUGGUUGUCGGCGAGAUUGUGCAGUUAGAGGCUGGUGACUUGAUUCCGGCUGAUGGGAUCCUCGUCUCAGGCUAUAACGUUCGCUGUGACGAGUCAUCCAUGACUGGCGAAUCUCACUCGAUAAAAAAAACAGCGGGGGAUGAUAUUGUCCAACGAAAGAAACAAGGAAUUCCCGCCGGAAAUCUGGAUCCGUUCAUUGUCUCGGGUUGCAAGGUGGUCGAAGGAGUUGGAACAUACAUAGUUACUAGAGUCGGAGAGCGAAGCACUUAUGGAAAAACAAUGAUGUCUCUUGUCAUUGAAAACGCACAAACACCUCUGCAGCAAAGAUUGGGGGUUAUCGCUGAUCAGAUCGCUGUUGCUGGAAUUACUGUGGCAGCACUGUUAUUUGCAGUUCUCACCAUCAAAUUCUUCAUUGAAUUACCAGGGAACACCGAUUCAGCUUCAGAGAAAGGACAACUCUUCUUGCGAAUUGUGAUUGUCUGUAUAGCGGUCGUUGUAAUCGCUGUUCCAGAAGGAUUACCGUUAGCGGUGACUCUUGCCCUAGCCAUUGCAGUCACUAAAAUGCUGAAAGACAAUAAUCUGGUCCGAAUACUAAGUUCUUGCGAAACGAUGGGAGGCGUUACUACUGUUUGCUGCGAUAAAACCGGUACCCUCACUACAAACCAGAUGGCAGUUGUCUCAGGAACUGUCGGCAUGCAGUAUGCUUUUGAGAGCGAUGAAAAUACUCAAGCCCCCAAACCAUUCAUGACUCUAUCCACUGAGAAUCUGGUCUUGCGAUUAUCAGAACAAGUGAAAUUUAUCCUAGCACAAUCCAUUGUCAUCAACUCGACUACAGUGGAAAGCGAGAAACAUACAUUUAUUGGGUCACGGACUGAGAUGGCGUUGCUCUCUUUUGCAAGGGAACAUCUCGGUAUUCGGACGAUUGCCGAGGAACGUGCGAAUGCAGAGGUUGUCCAAAUGAUUCCUUUUGACUCCAACAGGAAAUGUAUGGCGUCUGUGGUUAAUCUUGGUGGUAUAUAUCGAAUGUAUGUGAAAGGGGCUCCGGAAGUCCUUUUAGACUCAAGCACGCAAAUCGUCAUCGAUGCGUCUGAUGAAAUCAUGAAUACCGAACCUAUAAGCGAACAUUACGAUCAAGUGAUUGAUAGCACACGAAACUACAGCAAUCGUUCGCUGCGUAUGAUAGGAUUUGCAUAUCGGGACUUCUCCUCUACGUGGCCUCCUUUCGAUGCAAACACAGUGGAAGGCGAUCCCACCCAGGCUAUUUUCGAAGAUGUCAUGCAAGACAUGACUUUUAUUGGGCUUGUCGGUAUCCAGGACCCUCUUCGACCUGGCGUCAAUACUGCUAUUCUCAAUUGCCGUAAAGCUGGCGUGAGUGUCAAAAUGGUUACAGGAGACAACAUUGACACUGCAAAGGCGAUUGCAGUCCAAGCAGGUAUUUUGGAUGCCGACGGGGUAUCAAUGGAUGGUCCAACUUUUCGAGAGCUAUCCAAGAGUGACCUUUAUGACGUUCUACCACGAUUACAAGUGUUAGCGCGAUCAAGCCCGGAAGACAAACAGGUCCUAGUAAAAGCCCUUAAAGAGCUUGGAGAAGUUGUUGCCGUCACGGGCGAUGGGACCAACGAUGCGCCUGCACUGACUGCAGCAGAUGUAGGAUUCUCAAUGGGGGUCUCUGGGACCGAUAUCGCCCUAGAAGCGUCGUCCAUCAUACUGAUGGACGACAAUUUUUCUUCCAUCGUUAAGGCCAUCGAAUGGGGCCGAACAGUCAACGAUGCAAUCAAGAAAUUUCUUCAGUUUCAACUCACCGUCAACGUCACGGCUGUUGCCCUAACCUUUGUUUCUGCCAUUACAAGCGACCAUGAUGAGUCAAUAUUAACUCCAGUUCAACUUUUGUGGAUAAAUCUCAUCAUGGACACUUUCGCCGCUAUGGCUCUCGCGACAGACCCUCCUCCGCCGGACAUUCUCGAUAGGCGACCGGAGGAAAAGUCGGCUUCCAUGAUAACCCUGACGAUGUGGAAGAUGAUUGUUGUGCAGUCUAUAUAUCAACUUAGCGUGACCUUGGCCCUCAACUUUUCUGGUAACCGAAUUCUUGGAUACACGGGCACCAAACAAGAAAGUCUAGAAACUGUUGUCUUCAACACGUUUGUCUGGAUGCAAUUUUUCAAUCAGUACAAUAAUCGCCGGCUUGAUAACAAGCUCAAUGUUUUCGAAGGAAUUCAUAACAAUUGGUACUUUCUCGGCAUCAAUUUAAUUACCAUCGUAGGGCAGUUACUCAUCAUAUCCUUCGGUGGAAGUGCCUUGUCGGCUGUCCGGUUAGAUGGUAUUCAGUGGGCUAUUUCUCUUUCCCUUGGAGCCUUCAGCCUCAUCAUUGGCGUUCUUGCUCGCCUGGUCCCAGAUGACUGGAUCCGGUCUGCUCUUUACCUUGAUAGGUGGCAAGGCUUGUCCAGCUCCCGUGGAAUCAAACAUCCUGAGAAUCUUCCUGACGAAUUCACUCCUCUCUUGGACAACUCUUCAUGUGAAUCUGGGUCUAUUCCUCCAAAUCAAACAGGUUUUCAGCCAAGGAACAACUGGAGUUUCUAUUUCUUCGGUGCUUCUAGGCCUCAUGUUGAUAUCGAAGCUGCAUAGUUUGCCUGUACCAUUAUUGUAAUAUAGAGGGGCAUUGUUUUGUUACAGCGCUUGUUUUAUUUCUCUCCUUUUUCGUUUCCUAUAGAUAACUAGUGAAUUUAUCGUCGUGAGUUAUGAUACUUUUGUAUCAAGGACGAGUAUUGAAUUACGUCGUGGUGGGCUAAUCCGAUAACAAAUCAAAUAUUGUCGGUGUCAUUUAGU